UUUAUUUGUGCACUAGUUUUGUGUUAAAUUAUUUAAUUACCCUAAACAUUUUGUGAUAAUUAACACACAUUAUUUGACACUAAUAUAACUGUUUUAAAAUGACCAGGAGUGCCCGAUGACUUGGUAGCAAAAUGGGCCGGUAGUAACCACACACUCGAGAUUAGCAAAACUGGUGAUGAGGUUAGCAUUAAGUCAACUAACGGCGAUCACGUGCGGGAGACCAAGUUUAAGCUUGGUGAAAAAUACACUGAAAAAUUUGCCGGCAAAGAUGUGCAGGCAAUUGGUGUGAAGGAAGGCAAUCGUCUCACUCACACCAUAGGAGAGGGCGACAAACAAUUGCAAGUUGUCUAUGAGUUCAAUGAGGGUGAGCUGAAGGUGACGAGCACUGCGGGCCCGGUUGUGGCCGUCCGUACGUACGCUAAACAAUAGGCGCCCAACCGCUCAUUGGACAUUAUAACAACCAUGCUUAUAUUUUGAUAAUUCUAUUUUAUAUUUUAAAAGUAAUAUUU